UGGGGUUGACGACGUAAGAUACCAGCAACUCCCACCUCACCUCCAGCUCCUACGUUUUACGGUUCCCCGAGCCAGCAGACGCUUUUGCUCUCCAAAACUGUCCGCAGCUUGGGAUUUCUCUCUUUCUUAAAAUGGCGGAGGCCCCGAUUGUCCUCGAUGGAGGCACCGGCUUCCUUAAAGUCGGAUAUGCGGCGCAAAACUUCCCCGAAUUUCAAUACCCGUCCAUGGUGGGACGUCCGAUUCUGCGGACAGAGGAGAAAGGUGACAAUGACAUCGUCAUCAAGGACAUCAUGUGCGGCGACGAGGCGGCCGCGGCGAGGACGCUCCUCCAAAUCAGCUACCCGAUGGAGAACGGAAUUGUGAAGAAAUGGGACGACAUGCAGCACUUGUGGGAUUACACGUUCUUCGAGAAACUGAAGAUUGACCCUCGCGGUCGCAAGAUCCUGUUGACGGAGCCGCCCAUGAACCCUCUUAAGAACCGAGAACAGAUGUGCGAAGUCAUGUUCGAGCGGUAUGGCUUUCACGGCGUCUACGUUGCUAUACAGGCCGUUCUGGCGCUCUAUGCCCAAGGUCUCAGCUCUGGCGUCGUGGUCGACUCCGGCGACGGCGUGACGCACAUCGUACCCGUGUACGAAUCGGUGGUGUUGAACCACUUGACACGACGACUGGACGUGGCGGGCCGGGACGUGACGCGGAACCUGAUCUCCCUGUUGCUCCGGCGCGGAUACGCGCUCAACCGGACGGCGGAUUUCGAAACGGUGCGGCAGAUCAAGGAAAAGCUCUGCUACGUGUCGUACGACCUCGAGCUGGACAAGAGACUGAGCGAGGACACGACGGUUCUGGUGGAGAGCUACACGCUGCCGGACGGGCGGGUCAUCCGCGUUGGCAGCGAGCGGUUUGAGGCGCCCGAGUGCCUGUUCCAGCCGCACCUGGUGGAUUGCGAGCAGCCGGGCAUUGCCGAGUUCUUGUUCAAUACAAUCCAGGCGGCCGACGUGGAUGUGCGGUCCUCGCUCUUCAAGGCCGUCGUGCUGUCGGGCGGUAGCAGCAUGUACCCCGGUCUCCCGUCGCGGCUAGAGAAGGAGUUGAAGCAGCUGUGGCUGACGCGGGUGCUUGGAGGCAACCCGGAGCGGUUAAGCAAGUUCAAGGUGCGGAUAGAGGACCCGCCGCGCCGGAGGCACAUGGUGUUCCUGGGAGGUGCGGUGCUGGCCAACAUCAUGGCAGACAAGGAGAGCAUGUGGGUAACUAAGCAGGAGUGGGAAGAGCAGGGGCCGAGAGUGCUGGAGAAGCUUGGCCCACGGUAAGCUGGCUGACUGAGUUGCCAACUGGUUUGGAAGGUUGAGGAGAAAACCAUUUCCAUGCAUGAUAUGGAUUCCGCUUUUUGGCACCUAUUUCCUCUCAAACCAACAGCCUUCUUGUUUGCCCCCUUUUUUUCACCGUCCGUCAGUUAGAGCAGAGCAUUAUGAGGACUACGCCAACACAUAUUUGAGUAAAUAAAUAACAUUGUGGUUCGUUGUCACCGUCUGAACUUCUAGUCGGAAUUCAU